GCGACUGGCUUCGGCGCACGUCGGGGUGACGGGAAGGCAGCUCGUGACUGGCCUACACAGAAUUCAAACAUUUCAAAGCGGUCGAGUCCCGACGAGGCAGCCAAACAAGAGGCCGGUGCGCGAGGGAGCAGGAGCCUGGUGCUGAGGCUGGUAUGAGAAAAGAAGGCUGCAAAGUCAUCUGGGUGUGAGCAAACACCCGUCAAAGGAGCCCCUUUUCCUGCAAAACAUCAGUUUGCUUUGAAUCGUCAGAACUCUAAGAGACGUGGAGUGGAGACCAUGUGGUGUUUGAAGCUGCUCUUACCGUUCCUUCUAAUCAUCAAUGAAGUCAGCUGCCAGUGGAACGUUUGGGUUCCGCGGGACAUCUCGGCCAUGAGCAACACUUGCGUAGUCAUCCCGUGCACAUUCAUGUAUCCGUCAGGCAUCAGGCCGUACCGUGGCGUCCACGGUAUCUGGUACUACGGACAGCCCUACCCGCAGCUUUUCCCACCAGUGGUGUUCAAGACGCGUACGGACGUUUUCCACGAGAGCUACAAGGGUCGCACCAAGAUGCUGGGUGACCUGCAGCAGAGGAACUGUACGCUGCUUAUCAACAACGUUGGCCCAGAGCACUCAGGGAGGUACUAUUUCCGCGCUGACCUUGGCGGGGCCAACGUGUACACCUUCCCAGACUUUGCAGAGCUAAAAGUUCUGGAACAACCCAACAUCGACGUCCCUGAUGAGAUUGUGAGCGACGAAAGCUUGACGCUGACGUGUUACGCUCCCGACAACUGCCCUGAUAUGACUCCUGAGAUCCAGUGGAUGUACACGGACUACCUGCCCGACCCAGAGUUCAGCUCUGACUUCCAGGAGGAGAGCAACACAGGGGUGUUAUCCCACACCCUGGUAUUCACCCCGAGGCCGGUGCACAACGGCCAGCUGCUGGGCUGCAGAGUGUACUACCCCAACACCUCACUAGUCUACGAGAGGCUCAUCUCUCUGGACAUCAAGUAUGCUCCCCGUUCAGUGUGGGUAAACGUCUCCUCGGAAGUGAUGGAGGGCAACUCGGUGACGCUCCACUGCGAGGUGGACAGCAACCCUCCUCCAAGGAUCUCCUGGAAAUUUGGAGAACAGGAGCUGCUAUGGGACACGGCGUCCAACUUGUCGCUCACCAUAGAUGACGUGACGCCGGCGGAGGAGGGGGUCUACACGUGCAUCGGGGACAACGGCUAUGGCGCCAUGAAUACGUCACUGUAUUUGGCUGUCAAGUACCCUCCCCGCGAGCCCGUCAUCAACGACUCCCUGACAGUGCUGGAGGGUGCCUCAUUUACGCUCCAUUGCAGCACUCAGGGUAGCCCUCCGCCCACCCUUACCUGGCUGAAGGACGGCGAGCUAGUGGGCACCAUCACCGCUGACGAGCUGUCCGUGCUGGAGAUCGAGGGCAUCACGCCACAGGGCGAUGGCCAGUACCGUUGCCUGGCUGAGAACGAACACGGCCGGGCCAGCAGCUCCCUGAACAUCACAGUGGAGUAUGCUCCUGUCCUCCUGGAAGAAUCCAAAUGUACAGUAGUACGAGAGGGUGUCCAGUGCGUCUGCAUGGGCAUGGGGAACCCUGAACCUACCAUUGAGUUCUACCUGCCCGAUUUGAAUGUCACCGUCAACGAGACGGAGGGCCGCUACAACUUCUACACGCACACCGACGGCCAGACGGCCACGGGCAUGAUCAAACUGCGGGAGAAGGGCGAGCGGGCCGGCAAUGGUGUCCCCGCCGUCAACGUCCGUUGCAAGAUCUCUAACAUGUACGGGAGCGAAAAUGUACCCCUGGAGCUGCAGCAGGAGAAGAAAUACCUGAUGGCCGUUAUCGUUGGCACAAUCGGCGGAGUAGCAGUCAUCGCCUUCAUCAUCGCGGCAGUGAGAUACGUGGGCCACAACAACAAGAAAGAAAAUGGCCUCCCUAGGCAGGACGUGGUCCUGGAGAACCCCGCUUUGUACUACAGCGCAGUCAAGAAGGACAAACAAAAUCUGAGGAAGAAAGUGCUUAAGACAGAGCUGUUGGGCUCAAAGUUUAACUCCAUUCUAGAGGAGAGCACGGGAGAAGACGGGGAUUUCCAACCUGCAAGCUCUUUGGCAGGCAUGGAGAGGCGAGAGCUGAACUACGCCGCCCUGGACUUGGGCGGGCCCAGGGAGGGGGCCCCGGGAAGGGGGGACGACGGCGGCAGUAGCUACGCGGAAAUCAAAGCCAAAUGAAUCGCAAUCCUUCCCUGAUGCCUAGGCCAUGCGAGACACAGUUGCAAAAGCUUGGUAGAAUUUUCAUGCGCAAAUGCUAAAACGGUCAGAAUUUAUUAUCAUUUAUACGUAGUUCUUUUUACCUGCGUUUUGUCUUUACCAGGGAUGUAACGGUAUGCCAGAUACAUUUUGAAGUUUUGAGUUUGUGUGCACUAAGUGACGGAACAAAUGUGAACAGGGCCCAGGUGUGAUAAGCAUAAAAGGAAAUCCCCCUGAGUGGACCAUCCAACUAGUGGGGGUGCUAUUGGAUAGUUAUUCGUGGGCCUCUACACAUAUUCGCA